CUUGGGAUGGGAACAGGAGAAACCAAGCACCUCUUCUUCUCUGCCUUAGACUGUGGGCUCCGCUCCUACAUCAGGAAGUCACGGAUUGUCGGUGGGCAGAACUCAGAUGUGGGAGAAUGGCCAUGGCAGGUCAGCCUGCACGUCAAGGGCCAGGGCCACAUCUGUGGGGCCUCGCUGGUGUCGGCGAGCUGGCUGGUGUCAGCAGCACACUGCUUCCUGCCACUCCAAGGCAUCAGGUACUCAGACCCCAGCCUAUGGACAGCCUACCUGGGGCUGACCGACCAAGGUGACCUCAGUGGCCCCAACGUGCAAACCCACAAAAUCAAGCGCAUCAUCUCCCACCCCUUCUUCAAUGACUACACCUAUGACUAUGACAUUGCUGUGCUGGAGCUGCAGAGCCCUGUCACCUUCACGGCCGUCAUCCAGCCCAUCUGCCUGCCUGAUGCCACCCACAACUUCCCUGUG